AUGGCGGAUAACGAGAAGCCCACGCCUUCGGAUGGCGAGAUACCUGGAGGCUGGCCGAACACUCCGAUGACACAACGAGGGUCCGUAUUUUCUGGACGGCCUGAGCCUGAGAACAGACUGGAGAGCCAUGGGGAGAGUGUAGAGCCAGCUGAGACCGGCGUUGCUGGUAGUGCUGGACGCGGCCUCGAUGCACCUACACAAUCUGGGCCUAUGGACCCAAGUGGCGACACUGCCACCUAUCUCCACUAUGAACCAGCUGAGGAUUCACACCAUCCAAACUACCAGUUUCAUCCUACCGAAGAGGUCGAGCAGCCUUCGCCACACGCAUCGCUCGUAGACGAGGAAGGACUCACAGCCACGAAUGGAGCUACCAAGCGGCCCAAGUUGGAAACAACACCAAGUAAACGCAAGGUCACCGAAGACGAUGUCAUGGCUCAGCUUUCUCGGCGGAACACAAGCGUCGACAAUGCUAUAAGCCGCACAACCACCCAGGCAACUGAUCCGGACGAACAAGCCGAGAUCGAUCGUUUGAUGUCUCGCAUGUUUGGCAAGACGAGGCAGGCCCAGUCCGAGGAGGAGAAGACGAGGCAUGUUGGUGUUGUCUUCAAGCAUCUCACGGUGAAGGGCAUGGGGCUGGGUGCUGCUCUGCAGCCUACCUUUGGCGAUGUCUUCCUUGGACUACCGCGGCUUCUACUCAAUCUCGUGACGAAGGGCCCGAAGAAGGCGGCGGGAAAGCCACCGAUCAAGACAAUCAUCAACGACUUCUCCGGAGUGAUCAGACCUGGUGAGAUGUGCUUGGUUCUCGGACGACCUGGCUCCGGCUGCUCGACCUUCCUCAAAAUCAUUGGUAACCAGCGCUUCGGAUACGAAUCCAUCGAGGGUGACGUGCUCUAUGGCGGUACAGACGCAAAGACUAUGUUGAAGAAGUACCGUGGUGAAGUUGUCUACAACCCGGAGGACGACCUGCACUACGCCACUCUUUCUGUCAAGAACACACUGAGGUUUGCACUCAAAACCAAGACUCCUGGCAAGGAAAGCAGGAACGAAGGCGAGAGCGAAAAUGAGUAUGUCGCAAGCUUCCUGAAGUCGAUCGUCAAGCUGUUUUGGAUCGAGCACACUCUUGGGACAAAGGUCGGUAACGAGGUGGUGCGAGGUGUGUCAGGAGGCGAGAAGAAACGUGUCUCCAUCGCCGAAGCCAUGAUUACCAAGGCUAGUAUACAGGCGUGGGACAACUCUACCCGCGGACUUGACGCCAGCACGGCGCUGGAAUACGUCAGCUCCCUCCGAUCUCUGACCAACAUGGCCCACAUCUCGACAGCGGUUGCCCUUUACCAAGCCGGCGAGCUGCUCUACGAGCGCUUCGACAAGGUCCUCCUCAUUGACGAGGGUCAGUGUGCCUACUUCGGCGCUGCCGACAACGCAGUAAAGUACUUCAAGGACCUAGGAUUCGUACAGCCCGAGCGCUGGACCAGCGCCGACUUCCUCACUUCUGUCACAGAUAAGAACGCCAGACAUGUGAAGGACGGCUGGGAGGUGCCACGCAACGGAGCCGAAUUCGGCCAAAUCUUCCUGAAGUCGGAGCAGCAUCAGCGGAACUUGGAGGAGAUUGACGAGUUCGAGCGCGAGAUGCAAGCUCAGUGUGAGGAGAGGCAAGCUGAGCAGGGCAAGGCGACAACGAAGAAGAACUACACCAUACCUUUCUACCGGCAGGUCAUGGCUUGCACGCACAGGCAGUUCUUGGUCAUGAUUGGAGACAAGCAGAGUCUGGGUGGCAAGUGGGGAGGUAUCUUGUUCCAGGCCUUGAUUGUUGGCUCACUAUUCUACAACUUGCCCGAUACUGCUGAGGGAGUCUUCCCGAGAGGUGGUGUCAUCUUCUUCAUGCUGCUUUUCAACGCCCUCCUCGCCUUGGCCGAGCUCACAUCCGCCUUCGAAAGCCGACCCAUCCUCCUGAAGCACAAAGCCUUCCAGUUCUAUCGACCAGCAGCCUUCGCCAUCGCACAGACGGUCGUCGAUGCUCCUCUGGUGCUGGUCCAGGUGGCCAUCUUCGACAUCGUGGUCUACUUCAUGGCUAACCUCUCGCGGACCGCCAGCCAGUUCUUCAUCUCGCUACUUAUGCUCUGGAUACUAACUAUGACUAUGUAUGCCUUCUUCAGGGCUAUUGGAUCGUUGUCUGGAAGUCUGGAUGGAGCUACAAGGGUCACGGGUGUGGCUAUCCAGGCACUGAUUGUGUAUACCGGCUACCUAAUCCCACCGAGCAAGAUGCAUCCUUGGUUUUCUUGGUUGAGGUGGAUCAAUCCCGUCCAAUACGGCUUCGAAGCGCUCAUGUCAAACGAGUUCUCCGGACUUACCAUCCAAUGCCAGCCGCCAUACUUGGUACCUCAGGGUCCUGGCGCGGCACCGCAGUAUCAGUCGUGCACGAUCCAAGGCAGUCAACCAGGUCGGACUACUGUCGAUGGCGCAGACUAUAUCCAGGUUGCCUACAACUACUCCCGCUCCCAUCUCUGGAGAAACUUCGGCUUCAUCUGCGCCUUCUUUAUCUUCUUCGUCGCUUUGACUGCCAUCGGCAUGGAGCUCCAGAAGCCCAAUAAGGGUGGCGGCAGUGUCACCAUCUACAAGCGCGGCCAAGUGCCACAUUCGGUCGAGAAGGCUAUCGAAACCGGCGGCGGAUCAAACGAUCUCGAGAAGAACAAGAGCGAGACUAGCUCUGACGGGCUUCCAGUCGACGACGCAGAGAAGUCGAGGGGAGAGUCCAGUGGUUCUGAUACAGAUGAGAAGGCUACCGCGGUGGCGAAGAAUGAGACGAUCUUCACGUGGCAGAACGUCAACUAUACGAUUCCCUACGAAGGCAACGAACGGCAGCUGCUUCGGGAUGUGCAAGGCUACGUUCGUCCCGGGAAGCUGACGGCAUUGAUGGGCGCCAGCGGUGCCGGCAAGACAACCCUUCUCAACACACUCGCGCAGCGCAUCAACUUUGGCGUGGUUCAAGGAGACUUUUUGGUAGACGGCAGGCCUUUGCCCAAGUCCUUCCAGCGUGCUUCUGGUUUCGCCGAGCAGAUGGACGUUCACGAGCCGACCGCGACCGUACGGGAGGCUCUGCGGUUCAGUGCAAAGCUCCGACAGCCCAAAGAAGUGCCGCUGCAGGAGAAGUACGAGUACUGCGAGACUAUCAUCAAGCUUUUGGAGAUGGAGUCCAUCGCUGGCGCCACCAUCGGAAAAAUUGGCGUCGGUCUUAAUCAGGAACAGCGAAAACGUCUGACCAUUGGAGUUGAGCUGGCUAGUAAACCAGAGCUCCUGAUGUUCUUGGACGAGCCGACGAGUGGCCUGGAUUCUCAAGCUGCCUUCAACAUCGUGAGAUUCCUGCGCAAACUCGCGGACGCAGGACAAGCCAUCCUGUGCACGAUCCAUCAGCCAUCCGCUGUACUCUUCGAGGAGUUCGACGAGCUACUACUCCUGAAGAGCGGUGGACGUACUGUUUUCCACGGCGAGCUUGGCCGCGACUCCCGCCACCUCAUCGAGUACUUCGAGCAGAACGGCGCCAAGAAGUGUCCUGCCAAAGCCAACCCAGCAGAAUACAUGCUCGAGUCCAUCGGCGCGGGCGACCCCGACUACGACGGUCCCGAUUUCGCCGACAUCUGGGACGGUAGUCAAGAGAAGCAAGCACGCACCGACGAAAUCCACUCGAUGGUCGAGAAACGCCGCAACGCCACCACCGACGGCACGAUCAAGGACGACCGCGAGUUCGCCAUGCCCCUGAUGACCCAAGUGUACACCGUCACGCACCGGAACUUCGUCGCUUACUGGCGCUCGCAAGACUAUCUGGUCGGGAAGUUCAUGCUGCACAUCUUCACUGGGCUAUUCAACACUUUUACGUUCUGGCAUCUGGGCAACUCGCAGAUUGAUAUGCAGUCGCGCCUCUUUAGCAUUUUCAUGACGUUGACGAUCAGUCCGCCGCUCAUUCAGCAGUUGCAGCCUAAGUUCUUGGAGCUAAGGUCGUUGUAUGAGUUUAGGGAGAGGAAUUCGAAGAUUUACAGCUGGUUUGCUUUUACUUGCGCGGCUAUCAUUCCGGAAUACCCGUGGUCAUUCGUGGCCGGGACGCUCUACUGGGCGUGCUGGUACUGGGCCAUCUGGUUCCCACGAGGCACAUACCCCUCCGCUUCCAUGUGGCUCUUCGUCUGCGUCUUCGAAGUCUUCUACGUCAGCUUCGGACAAGCCAUCGCAUCCUUCGCGCCGAACGAGCUUCUGGCGUCGCUGCUGGUGCCGCUGUUCUUCCUUUUCGUGGUCUCCUUCUGCGGAGUCGUCGUGCCAUACGCCGCAUUGCCCAACUUCUGGCAGAGCUGGAUGUACUGGCUCUCCCCCUUCAAGUACCUCCUCGAAGGCAUGCUCGCCCUCGUCGUCCACGACGUCCCCGUCCAAUGCGACCAGAGCGAACUCGCCCAAUUCCGACCUCCGCCCGGCGAGACGUGUCAGAGCUACGCAGGACCUUACACACAACAAGCCGGCGGCUACGUCACCUCGCUCGACGGAGGGCUCUGUGGCUUCUGCCAGUACGCUAAUGGUGAUGAGUUCGGAGCGUCGUUUAAUGUGUAUUAUCGGUAUGUGUGGAGGGAUUACGGGAUCUUCUGGGCAUUCUGUGCUUUUAAUAUUGCGGUGGUGUUUAUCUGUUCGUACCUGUACUUGAUCGGGGGCAAGAAGUUGAAGCGGGUGGCGAGCCCGGCGGCGAGGAAGGAGAAGAAGGUGCAGAAGCAACAAGCGGAGAAGGUCUAA